UUGGUAGGUACGUUAAAGUUUUGUGCACUUAUUUGGAAGUUUUCAAAACAUGAUAUUGCAAGUUUCUGAUUGUUGAGGAAAUGUGGCACAAGAAAUCAGUUAUUUCAAAUAUACGUUCUAUCUACACCAGCCGUUGCCUCUCCAGCUCUGCUGACCAACUCUCCGCCUUCGAUCCCUUCCUGCGUCACCCCUCCCACCAUCAGCUUUCCACCAUCAAUUCCAAAGAGGAGCUUCUCAAGUCCUACCAAGUCACUCCGCCCAUCAAACCAUGGCCCCUGCGCCUCUACCCCAAGCGUCUUGUCUCCAUGAUUAACCGCCAGCAGAACCUCGACCUUGCCCUCCAGAUAUUCGACCAUGCCGGUAAAUUCCACCCUGGUUUCUCCCAUAACUACGAUACCUACAACGCCAUGAUCGAGAAGCUUGCUCGAGCUCGAGCUUUCGAACCCAUGGAAACCCUAAUGUCUCAGUUGCACAGAUCCCAAAUCAAAUGUGGUGAAAAUUUGUUUGUAACGGUUAUCCGAAACUAUGGUAUCGCCAGCCGACCCAAAUGGGCGAUUCGAACUUUCCUCCGGAUCACUGACUUCGGUGUUGAGCGGUCGGUGAGACCCUUCAAUACGCUCUUGAACGCACUUAUCCAAAAUAGACGGUACGAUUGGGUCCAUUUGAUGUUUAAGAAUUGUAAACACAAGUUUGGAAUCGUCCCUAAUGUCUUCACCUGUAACAUUUUGAUCAAAGCUUUGAUCAAGAAGAACGAUUUAGAAGGAUCAAUUAAGGUUUUAGAUGAAAUGCCGGCUAUGGGAAUGAUUCCCAACCUCAUGACCUAUACAACGAUAUUAGGCGGUUAUUGUUCACGCGGUGAUAUGAUCGGAGCCAAGAAGAUUUUCGAUGAAAUUCUGGAUCGAGGGUGGGUUCCGGAUGCGAUUACCUAUACUGUGUUGAUGGAUGGGUUUUGUAAGCAAGGGAGGCUGGUCGAUGCUGUUAAGAUCAUGGAUGAUAUGGAAGAGAAUGGCGUUGAUCCAAACGAGGUUACAUAUGGAGUCAUGAUUGAAGCUUUCUGUAAAGAGAAGAAAUCUGGUGAAGCCCUGAAUCUGCUCGAUGAUAUGCUUGAGAAGAAAUUUAUACCGAGCUCAUCGCUCUGUUGUAAAGUUAUUGAUGUCUUAUGCGAGGAGGGGAAGGUCGAAGAUGCUUGUGUUGUCUGGAAAAAGCUACUGAAGAAAAAUUGCACCCCAGAUAAUGCAAUAUCUAGCACACUUAUAUAUUGGCUUUGUAAGAAAGGGAAGGUUUUGGAAGCCAGGAAGUUGUUUGAUGAAUUUGAAAAGAGUUCAAUCCCUAGUGUUUUGACAUAUAAUACACUUAUUUCUGGGAUGUGUGAGAGAGGGGAGUUGCAGGAGGCUGGGAGGUUGUGGGAUGAUAUGGUGGAUAAGGGAUGUUCACCCAAUGCUUUCACUUAUAACAUGUUAAUUAAGGGAUUCUGUACAGUUGGUAAGGCAAGGGAGGGAGUUAGAGUUUUGGAGGAGAUGUUGGACAAAGGUUGCAUACCGAAUAAAUCAACAUAUUCAAUCUUGGUUGAUGGGCUUUUCGAGUCAGGCAUGAAUGAGGAUAUUACUAAGAUCCUUCUUAUGGCAACUUCAAGAGGAGGGUUUCUCCUAGAUUCUGACUCUUGGAGAGUCCUCUUAACCAAGGUUGCUAGUGGACCAGAGAACUGGAGAGUCAUUCUUGAGGAGCUAUUGUUAGAGAAUGCAAGUUAGAGAUGGCUUGAUCUAAAAUGGUUUUCUCUAGACAAUUUUGGCAAACUAAGUAGGGUUACGGGAUUUAACUACGGGGAUCAGUUCAGAGCUAUAUUGUUGCUCGGAAGAUGUAUAGGAUUUUUAAAUUGUAUUGUCACCAUUCUCAUUUGGAGAAGUAAAUUAUGAUUAUUCGUUCAGUAUUCUUCAGUUUUUGAUCUGCAUCCUUCCCUGCAAACAUGCUUAAUGGGGAACCCUACUUAUUUAUGCUUAAGCCUGUUCAGAGUUUACAAUUUUUAACAUCCAAAGAUCUGUGGAUCAUGAGAUAAAUAGUCUAGAUAGGAUUCCAGGUCUCUGAAAUCUUUUAAGAAUUUGUACAAGCCUCAUGUGGAUGUGGUGGCUUAAUGGAGAAGCAAAAACAGCUGCGAGAAGUGAGGAUGGGUUGUUUUUAUUCUGACUUCUGAACAGUUGGAUGAGGAAAAUUGUAAGCUGUAGGGUUGGUAAAUAUUGGACUUGGGUCAGCUGCUUGAUGUUGAACUGGAAAUGACUUCCCAAGCAACAAAAUAUUCACAAGUUUGGCACAUUGUAUUCAGUUCAGGUCAUGGACUUCCCAUUUGAAGAAAGAAAUUGUUACAAAGCUUUCAUUCUCCAACAUGUAACAGCAUCAGGAUAUAAUCUAGUUCUGUAUACCUGAGUGGAAUAACUGAAGAAACCCCACCUGUUCAACUCUAGAGGAAACAGAGCCUCUUCCUGGAGAUACCCUCAAGAAUGGAUUUCGUGACAAUAUGAAGUCCCACUCCAACAAGAGUAAAUUUUCCGUCAAUACCUAGCCCUGCUUCAGCAAGAAUUUAGGCUCAGUUUGGAAAGAGUACAAAUGCAAAUAUGUACAGUGUAAAUACAUACAAAAUAUAAGGUUUUGCACUCUACAUAUUUGCAUUUGUACUGCUUCCAAACUCAGCCUUAUGGAUCCCCAGGUCUGUCCUCAUCUAUAGGUAAAUCAACAACAAAAAAGCCUCCCACCACAUUUAAGCUGCAAGAUUGGAGUUCAAUGGCAGAUAUUGAAAAAGCUGCGACUCUAGCACUUGGGGCUUCACCAGCAGGCUGGGAGAAGACUUCAAAUACCUGAGAUAGGAAGAAGAAAAUGGAGUUUUGGUGAUGCAAAUAGGAAGCAAUAAAAGAAUCCUUGGGUAAAUGGGAAUUAUGCAAUGGAAACAAAUUUAAUGUAGUUCUUAUCUUGCAGAUAGGAAGAAGAAAAUGGAGUUUUGGUGAUGCAAAUAGGAAGCAAGGAAAGAAUCCAUGGGUUCAAUUCUCAUUCUUGCUCAUUCUUUCCCAAAAUAAGUUUCUAAAUCGAACAACUCCAACAGGAGUAUAUUUUGAAACUAUCUGCUAAUUUUCAUUGUCUUAGUUUUGUAUAUAUAUACCAAGAAAUGAAAACUAACUAGCUCUUCUUUUUUCUUCUCA